AUGGUGCGCUUUCACGUUUUGUCGAAUAGACAUAGAGUCAGGCGAGUAGCCUUCCAGUGUCUCGCGGGCGCUGCAGUUGCCGCUGCUGUUGGAGGUGGAGGGUUGCUGCUACUGAGACAACACAAGCGGACCCGCCCCCCAUCAGUGAAGGGACAAGGAAAUGUCCCCGAAGUGUAUGGAACGCCUUACCAACCCAUCACCGCAGCAGCGCUUGCGAAGGACGUUGAAUUAUGUAGACAGCGGCAGCUACAGAGGCUUAUCGGCCUAGGAGUAUCCGUUCCAGUGGCACAGGCAGCAGCAGAUGCCGCAGCGGCCGUAGUAGCCUGCGAAAUCCUCGACACCUCUUGGGCGGAGAAAGUUGCAGCUGCAUGCCCAAAUCUAGGGCCUUCCUCUGCACUGUUUGCUGCAGCGAAGUCAGGUGCUCCACUUGAGCUGCAUAUGCACCUAAAGGACAUCUUCUGCGCCUCUCUGAGAGCGGCACUAUUGAGUGGUGUUGCAGCUCUCCAGCAUCAGCAGGUGAAACAGCCCCAAGGGCAGCUGCUGCAGCCAGAGACAGAUAUUCACUGGUUGCUUCUGGAGACGGAAACUGUUUUUAAGGAUGUCUUUUACGACCCUACCAUUCGUGCUGCAGCUUCGGCCUGCGACUUCGCGCAGCCGGCGCACGAGCUGUUGCUGACACUACAGAAAAUCCGCGCUCCUCAACCAGCGGGUAGCAGCGUUCCAACAGGAUCGCUACUACCGCUUUUGCUGACGGGAAAUGGUAGAGAAGCGUUGGAGGCAUUUAUUGCUGCAGUUGAUAAGCAGGUUCUUGGAAGUCUCUGCAGUAGCUGGGAACGCAGCGGCGUGUUGCACAAGGAGGCACACCAGCAGCAGCGAGAACAUGAAGGGCCCCCACGACGUGUGCGACAGCUGUCCGCGCGCAAUACAGGCAAAGACGCUGGCACUCCCAUGGCCCUUUCAUCUUAUGCAGAUGCAGCAGAGCGGGCAGACUUACACUCGAAGGCCCCGCUGAGUGCCCCAUUGUUUCUGAGGGCUUCAGAUAUCAAGGCUGCCAGUGAAAGCAUUUCCAAGCAUGGCUUCUGCGUAAUAAAGAACGCCCUCACCCCCGAGCAGCUGCAGGAGGUACAGCAAGCCACCUUUGCCUCAAGCGAAACAGGUAUUUGUGUCCGAGAUGCAGACAAUGCACUGGCGCUUGCACAGCCGUGGCAUCGCGACAAUUCACACAGGGGACUGACUGUGGUGUUGCCCUUGGUGCAUAUUGACCCCAGAAAUGGACCUACAGAACUGCUUCCUGGGUCGCACGUCCUCAGUGGCGAGGAAGGAGAGAAUUGGCUUAAGUGGCUGUGUUUAAUUCCAGUGUUUUUAAAGACAGUUGUUGCAGGAGGAUCCACAGUAAAGGCCGAAAUACAACCAGGAGAUGCACUCGUGUAUGACUCCAGGCUUCUACAUCGGGGCCAAGAUAUCCUUCGCUCCCUUGGGGCUUCGGCGUUUGGUCGAGUAGUGGGUGGAUUUCUGAAUAUGUACGAAAAGCUGUAG